AAUAAAGAGAAGAUGACGUUGUUUUUAUUGCUCCUUCUGCCAAGUAAAUUUCAAACGGACAGAUUAAGAGACACAAUUGAGUUUUCCCCUCUAGAGUUUACACAUCGAGAGCUUUACUCUUCGAAGGGAGUAGGGCAUAGGGAUGAUUACUUCGGAAUGGAACGCAGUGUCAGUCUGUGGUUGUGAUAGUACCGGAAGUGCGGAGCUGAGUGUGUGUGGAAGAAAAAACGACGCGUUCAGAGCUCUGUGUCGUUACAUCAGACCUUUUUGCUUUUAUAGAUGCCUGAGGCUCACGCGUGUGUUGUGUGUGUUUGUUGAGAGAGGCGGAACACCAGCAGCAGAUCCGCUGUUACUGCACAGCAUCACAGACACUGAGAUAAAGAUGAGCCACAAGCACAGUAAAUGAACAGUGUGACGGGAAUCUACCAGUGCCAUCAUGAAUUUGGUCCGUCUAGUGUGUCGUCAUAAGACAGCCCUGGCACUCAUUGUCCUCUUCCUGUUCGCCGUCGUCCUCCUUUUCCUCGCCAAAUGUACAUCUGAGACACUCAAGCCAGCCGAAUCCCCCGGGAUGGCACCACGGGCCGAGUCACGACAGAAGCACACAGAAGUUUCGCCUCGUAUCAAAGAGCUCUCAGCUUUUCUAGUUGUUCUCAUCACCACGGGCCCAAAGUACACAGAGCGUCGCAGUAUUAUCCGAAGCACCUGGCUGACUAAACAGGACCCUGAUGUUCUCUACUGGUUCGUCAUCGGCACCGAGGGUCUACCGGCUGAGGACCUACAGAACCUCGGAACCGAGCAGGUCCGUCACCAUGACCUCCUCCUGCUCCCUGACCUCCGGGACUCAUAUGAGAACCUCACGCAGAAGCUGCUUCACAUGUACUCCUGGUUGGACCGAAACGUGGACUUUAAAUUUGUCCUGAAGGCCGACGAUGACACUUUUGCACGCUUGGAUCUUCUCAAAGAGGAGUUGAAGACUAAAGAGCCCUCCCGUCUUUACUGGGGUUUCUUUUCUGGCCGUGGGAGAGUGAAAGCAGCCGGGAAGUGGAAGGAAAGCGCUUGGGAACUGUGUGAUUACUACCUACCCUAUGCUUUGGGUGGGGGUUACGUGCUUUCUUCUGAUCUUGUGCACUACGUAGGACUGAACGUGGGGUUUCUGAAGACGUGGCAGAGUGAGGACGUGUCAUUGGGGGCAUGGCUUGCCCCCGUGGACGUGAAACGGCUUCACGAUCCGCGCUUCGACACGGAGUAUAAGUCGCGCGGAUGCAGCAAUAAGUAUCUGGUCACUCACAAGCAGAGUUUAGAGGACAUGUUGGAGAAACAUCAGACGCUACAGAGGGACGGGCGUCUGUGCAAGGAGGAAGUCAAACUGAGGCUCUCUUAUAUUUACGACUGGAGCGUUCCACCUUCUCAGUGUUGCCAGCGGAAAGAUGGCAUCCCAUGACCCCCUCCAUCUUGUGCAUUUUCAGUCGCUAUUUAUUUAUUUAUUUAUUUAUUAUCAAUGUUGUGUUUGUUGACCUGCAAUAUUUUGAACCUUUUAAAAAGGCUGUUUUAACUUGGAGACAAUGUUGCAGAAUGGUACAGAAAAGCUGCUUUUUAUGGCUGCCUAGGCCCGAUUCACAUUUCGCAUCUAAAACCACGCGGAAAACGCGAGCCGAGCCCGUUUCUGUCUUCAAAUGACCCGCGGCUUUCCGAAAAGUUGAACUAUUUCCAUCUCGAUGCGGCGCCGACGCGCCUAGAAAAAUGUCUCUACAUUUAAAAUACCGAAUAUGCGCGCGGAAAAGACGCAAUAUGUGAAUCGGGCCUAAAGAGUCAGUUUACUUGUACAGAAAGUAAGAUUCUGGGUAAAGUGGUCUUCGUGAUCAAUAUUUUUGCUGUAUUCUCUACUUCGUUUUUUAUUAUUUUGUGUCCAUCAUCUAUUUCAUUGUACUUUUAUGAUUUCUAAAAGUCUUUGUAAUACAUUUGCAUUAAUAAGAAAUGUGAAUCCGAAAGGAAAGGGACACAUACUUCACACAAGCGGUUUAUUUACAGGAUAGACAAAAAGGGAAAGGGAAAGUUUACUAACCUGAGAUGGUAAACUCUGAAGACUGAUAACAUUUACAUGUCCAUGAGUCUUUAUCGCAGUGUUUCAUGUAUUGUACAUGUUUUUGUGACUGAAUUGAAAUUAUGUACCUCAAAAUGUUAUUAAAUGUUCCUUUUAUGUUGAUUCUACACUAUAUCCAUUUCUCUAUGUGACUCAUUAUUGCCGAGAAAUGUAUAGGCCUCAGAGAUGCUGACAGAUAUGAUUUGUUGCAUAAUUUGAAACGGCAACUUGAUCAAAAUACUGUAGAUAACACCAUAACAUACAACAUACCGACUACCAUAGUAGGAAAAAUUGCUUUGUAAAUUUCUUUGUUCUGUUGAACACAAAAGAAGAUAUUUUUAAGAAUGUUGAAAAGCAAACAGUUCUGGGGCACUUUUGACUACUAUUGUAUUUUUUCCUACUGUGGAAGUCAAUGACGGCCAAGAACUGUUUAGUUACAAGCAUUCUUCCAAAUAUCUUUCUCUGUGUUCACCAGAACAAAGACAUUUAUACAGAUUUGGAACAACUCAAGAGUGAGUAAAUGGUGACAGAAUUUGUAUUUUUGGGUGAAGUGUAAAAAUACUCAGAAUGAAUAAACAA